AUGAUCUCUGUAAACUCUAUCCUGUAUACUCUGGUGCUGUUCUCUGAGCUGAGCAGCCUCUCAUGUACUGUUGCCAUGCCUGCAAAUAAAGCAGAAGACAGCGCAACAGAGCAAGAUGGCCUCGGGCUGGUACUGAGGGACGAGCCAAUGACUGAGCAUGCUGCAGUUCCACCGUCAUACAGACGAAGUGUGCUGGACAACAGCGUAAAGGAUGAAGAGGAAAGUCCAAAAAUCAUCAUCAUAUCAGACAUGAGGCUGAAAGGAAACCGCAUUCAUGGCCUGAAUCCGGCCUUCGCUAGGAGCUUUCCUCUGCUCUCAGACCAAAGCUUGAGCUUCAGUCCUCCAGAGCAAAGUCUGAAAAUUGAUCGUAGAAACACUGACCUUGACAUGCUGCGGUGUAUGAUCGGCAGAGUGUACCGACCCUGCUGGGAGACUUAAACGCCUCCUCAUCCUGUACCAGUGUCUGCUCUUCAACCUGCUUUAAAAACAGCUCUUAUGAUCUCUGAAUGCAUGACCCUGUAAAUAAGAACGCACAGAAAAUCUAAAACAAAAUAAAAGUUUAUUAAAACAGAAAA